UUGCUAUGAAGAAGGCACAGUCAUCACAAUUCACAACCACAAACUUUGAUACAAAAGCAAGUUCUGCUAGCUCUUUCCUCAUUACCAUGGCAGAAUCAUUUCUGGCUGAUAUUGCUAAUUCACUGCUUGGGAAGGUUGCUUCUUAUGCUUGUCAAGAAGCUUAUCUAGCCUAUGGUGUGAAAGACGAUCUACAACGUUUCAGAGACUCUUUGACAAUUGUCAGAGGUUAUCUACUUGAUGCUGAGUCCAGGAAGGAUCAAAGUCAUGCUUUGCGCGAAUGGCUGAAGCAGAUUCAAAACAUUUGCUUCGAUGCUGAAGACAUAUUUGAUACAUUUGAGUUCCAACACAAGAGGAAACAAAUUGUCAAAUCCUCUGGAAGCAUCAGAAAGAAGGUAGGCCAGGUGUUUUCUAAAUAUAAUCCAAUUGUUUUCCUUCCUAGGAUGGGACAUCUAAUCAAAGAAAUUAGUGACAAAUUGGAUAAGAAAGCAGCCGAGGGGAUAACGUAUGGGCUUACAACUAUUCCCGAACUUGUUGUGCACGAAAGAGAAUUGACUUAUCCUGAUGUUAAUGUUUCAAGGGUAAUAGGAAGGGAUAUUGAGAAAGAUGAAAUUAUGAAGCUUUUGAUGCAACCACAUCCUGAGGAUGGAAAUGAUGGUGAUAAAAGCAUGUGUGUCAUUCCCAUUGUGGGAAUGGGAGGAUUAGGGAAGACCACACUUGCAAAGUUGGUGUUCAAUGAUGACACAAUAGAUCAACUUUUCCAAUUGAAGAUGUGGGUGUGUGUCUCUCUUAAUUUUGACAUUAAGCAGAUAAUCCUUAAAAUCAUCAACGCUGCCAGUACUGCAGAUUCUAAAGCAGCUUCAGCUCCAACGACCGAUCCCGAUCCCCAAGAAAACAUCAACAACUUAGAUAUUGUGCAACUAGUAAGUCGUCUGAAACAAAAACUUUCUAGUCAAAAGUUUUUACUUGUGUUAGAUGACAUAUGGAAUGAAGAUCGUGAAAAGUGGAUUGAGUUGGAAGAUUUGAUAAAAGUUGGCGCACCAGGAAGCAAAAUUAUGGUGACAACUCGUAGUAUAUCAGUUGCUUGGAUGAUGGGUAAUGUUCCCUCAUAUGAAUUAAAAGGUCUUUCUUCAGAGGAUUGUUUAUCUCUAUUUGUCAAAUGUGCAUUCAAGGACGGUGAAGAAAAAAGUUAUCUAAAUCUAGUGGAGAUCGGAAAAGAAAUUGUCAAAAAAUGUCACGGGGUUCCACUAGCCGUGAAAACAUUAGGAAGUUCACUCUUCUCAAACUUUGAUAUAAAUAAGUGGGAAUUUGUGAGGGACUCUGAGAUGUGGAAUUUAGAACAGCAAAAAAAUGGUAUCCUACCUGCCCUAAAAGUAAGUUAUGAUCAAAUGCCAUUCUAUCUAAGAGAAUGUUUUGCUUAUUUUUCCCUUUAUCCCAAAGAUCAUAUCCUUGAUACUCAUGGAAUGUGUGGUCUUUGGGCAGCCCUUGGAUUAGUUCAAUCCCAUAAUGGAAGUGAAAAGCUAGAGUAUGUUGCAAGAAAGUAUAUUGAUGAGUUACAUUCAAGAUCAUUUCUUCAUGAACUCAAUGACUAUGGCGCCGGUUGCUAUUUCAAAGUACAUCAUUUGAUACACGAUCUAGCAUUGUAUGUUGCAGGAGAGAACUUUGUAGUGCUAAACUCACAAACUCGAAAUAUACCUCAACAAGCAAGGCAUUUAUCAUGUCUUGAAGAUGUCUCAUUUGACCUUGCUUUGUUCCCAAAAUCUAGAAGUGUGAGAAGCAUACAGUUUCCCAUCUUGGGAAUGUCUCUUGAGAAUGAAAGUGUUCGGAAUACAUGGGUGUUAAGGUACAAAUACUUGCGUUAUUUAGACUUAAGUGACUCUUGUUUUAAAAAUAUACCCAAUUCAAUUGCAAAAUUAGAGCACCUGCGUUUUCUCAAUCUUUCUCGUAAUGACAAAAUCAGAACACUGCCAAAUUCCAUUUGCGAACUCCUAAAUUUGCAAGUUUUGUUGCUUAGGGGAUGCACAGAGCUUGAAAAGUUGCCCAAAGGAUUAGGAAAGUUGACUAGCCUUCGACGUCUGAGUGUCACUACAAAACAAUCUACUCUACCAUAUUAUGAAUUCGCUAGUCUGAACAAUCUUCAAACAUUGUGUUUUUAUGAUUGUGUCAAUCUGAAGUUUUUGUUCAAACAAACAGUACUCCCUUCUGUUGAAGAACUGUAUUGUGCAUCAUGUGAGAGCCUGGAGUGCUUACCUCUUUAUACUUUUCCUAACUUGCAGACAUUGUUUAUUGGUGAUUGUCGGAUGUUAAACUUGUCAUUGGACAACGAAAAUUCAACUCAAAAGCUGAGGAUGAAACAUGUGUACCUCUUUGAUUUUACAAAGCAUCUAACACUCCCUAGAUGGAUUGAAUGUGCGGUGGACACUUUAGAGACCUUUCAAAUUGGCAAUUUUCCUAAUCUUCAAAUGCUUCCUGAGUAUCUUACUACAAUGACUCAUCUUAAGAGGCUCUUUAUUACUAGGUGUUCUCAACUGUUGAGUCUUCCAAGUGAUUUGCCUCGCCUCACUGCACUUGAAGAUUUACGCAUAGUUGAUUGUUCUGGAUUGUACCGAAAAUGUCAGCCUCAUUUUCGUGAGUACUGGCCCAUAAUUAGUCAUAUUAAAAACAUUUACAUUCAAGAAGAGGAAGAGAAGGAGGAGGAGGAGGAGGAGGAGAAAUGAAACCAUCAUCAACCUUGGAAGUGGCAAGAUAGAUGAUGAGGUUGGAUUGGAAAAGGGAUAUGCAGCUUGAAGAGACACAAAAGAGAGCAGAUCAGUGGUUGACGGCAUUUGAGAUCAUGAAUAUCUGAUAAGCAUAAUAAUGAGAUAUGUGUUGCUUAAUGCACAAGUUAAGAUACCAUGAGACUUACUUGUGCACAUUAGACAAAGUCGGUAUUAUAAUAUUUGAUGUUAAACUUGCCAUUGACCAAUGAAAGCCCAAUACAAAAAUUGAGGAUGAAAUAUUUGAUGCUUGUGAAUUUUCCAGGGCUUCUGGCAUUACCCGAGUGUACCGUAGGUACUACAACACAUUAGACACCUUGCUAAUUUCUGAUAACAUUUGAGAGCAUGAAUGUCAAAUCAGUGAGAAUGGAAAAUCCUCGUUUUUAUUAGUGUUUGAUCUGAUAUAAUGAUGUAUCCAAAAUUUCAAAAUGACUAUUCUCUUUCAUGUUAUAUUCUCAGUUUUCAAAAAAACAUCUACGAAAACUCAACAUUUGAUGUGGCUUAACUGACUUUGGCUUUAUUCUAUCCAAUCAAUUCUUUUACUUAAAGAAUCAUACUUUAAGAACUAAAAAUUGUUAGAAGUUGUAAUCCGAAGUUUUGAUUGAGAGCUAGCAUUUGACUAGGUCGAAGCAGCUAGUCCAACAAUUCUACCGAUUUUCAAAGCUAUCCAAUGCUGAAUCUAAUUCCCUCAACAAAGUAGUACUCGUAAAUGAACCGAACAAGACAUGAAAAAGAGUAAAUAAAUAUAUAUCCCCACAACCACAAACACAAAC